CAAUCUGGAACAGAUCAUACAGCAUCUCUCUGUCGUGGGAGCAGAAUCUGAUCACCGUUCCAAAAGAUUGAAUCUCCUGAUCUGCAAUGACAGACUAUUACGGUUUUACUGGUGAUUAUGACACUGACAAUUACACAUUUGAUAUUAAUUCCUUACUGCCUACAAGGACUCCAUUACAAGAAACUCUGACAACGCCGUAUGAAUGGGCAGCCUUGGGCAUCUUCAGUCUAGUGUUUGUCAUUGGCGUGCCUGGUAAUGGCUUGGUAGUGUGGAUGACAGCCUUCGAAAUGAAGAGAACAGUGAACACAGUGUGGUUUCUGAAUCUGGCCGUGGCGGACCUCUUAUGCUGCUUCGUUGUCCCAUUUUCGAUUAUGGAACUAAUUCUACAGAAAAAAUGGCUGCUCGGCCUCUUCGCUUGUAAGACUCUUCCUUCCGUUCUGUUGGUGAAUAUGUAUGCCAGCGUUCUCCUCCUCACCUUAAUUAGUAUAGACCGCUGUGCCUUGGUCGUCAGGCCAGUAUGGUGUCAAAACAAAAGGACCGUGCACAAAGCCUAUGUGGCAUGUGGGGUGGUUUGGAUAUUUGCCUUUGUUCUGACCAGUCCAUCCUUUAUAUUCAGGCAAACAAUUCUGCGAAACAGUAUAACAAAAUGUAUUAUGGAUUACACAUAUCUUGGUGAACACCAACAGAAGGUUGAAAACUUCAUAGCCAUUUUCCGUUUUCUCGUGGGAUUUGUAAUUCCAUUUUUUGUCAUUACAAUCACUUAUAGUGUGCUAGUGUCAAAGGUCAGAGGACGAUUUACCGAGUCGAGUAAGACCUUGAAAGUGGUCCUCGUGGUGAUAACUGCAUUUUUUAUCUGCUGGUUUCCAUAUCACGUGGCAGGGCUUAUUUUAGCGGCACAUAACAUUAAAUCAGCUUUAUAUGCGUCUGUUCUAGUCGUGGACCCUCUUUUAAUUGCCAUAGCUUUUAUUAACAGUUGUGUAAACCCAAUCAUUUAUGUUCUGAUGGGACAAGACUUCAAGAGCAAAUUCAGGAAGUCCAUCAAAACAGUUCUAAGGAAUGUCUUGGCCGAAGAAACAAGUCGGACCUUCGAUUCCAAAAAUACAAAGUUUACUACAGACACCAAGAAUAGUGAAACUCCUAUAUAAUUUAUUUAUAGUGAGAGAUUUAAGUAUUGUACAAAGUGGGGUUUUGUGAUGUUUCUAAGUAGUUUUUGGGGAUAUUUUGUAAAGACGCCAUGUAGUCUGGAAGUUGAUUAAAUUAGCGGUCCUGGAUCUAAUUAUCUCCCAGACACAGAGGGGUAUGGGUGGGACCCCCAUAGUUUCAGUUAGUUACCUCCUGCCAGCGUCUGUGUAUAAAUAUGUACAUUUGAACCAAAUAAAGUGUGUUUGUUUUCACCCUU